AUGAAUAAACCAAUAUGAAUUAAACACCCACUUUUCAAAAUUAUAAAUAAUUCUUUAAUUGAUUUACCAACUCCAAUUAAUAUCUCUUCUUGAUGAAAUUUUGGAUCUCUUUUAGGAUUAUGUUUAAUCAUUCAAAUUUUAACUGGAUUAUUUUUAGCUAUACAUUACACAGCAGAUAUUAAUAUAGCUUUUAAUAGAAUUAGACACAUUUGUCGAGAUGUAAAUUAUGGAUGACUAUUACGAACUCUUCAUGCUAAUGGAGCUUUAUUUUUUUUUAUUUGUAUUUAUCUUCAUAUUGGACGAGGAAUUUAUUACAAUUCUUAUAAAUAUACACAAACCUGACUAGUUGAAGUAAUUAUUUUAUUUUUAGUAAUAGCAACAGCCUUUAUAGGAUAUGUAUUACCACGGGGACAAAUAUCUUUUUGAGGAGCAACUGUAAUUACUAAUUUAUUAUCUGCUAUUCCUUAUUUAGGUAUUGAUUUAGUACAAUGAGUUUGAGGAGGAUUUGCAGUUGAUAAUCCAACAUUAACACGAUUUUUUACUUUUCACUUCAUUUUACCUUUUAUUGUUUUAGCAAUAACUAUAAUUCAUCUUUUAUUUCUUCAUCAAACAGGAUCAAAUAACCCAAUAGGACUAAAUUCAAGUAUUGAUAAAAUCCCAUUUCAUCCCUAUUUCACUUUUAAAGAUAUUACCGGAUUUAUUAUUCUAAUUAUAAGACUUAUUCUAUUAACUUUAAUAAAUCCCUAUUUAUUAGGAGACCCAGAUAAUUUUAUUCCAGCUAAUCCUUUAGUAACUCCUAUUCACAUUCAACCAGAAUGAUAUUUUCUGUUUGCUUAUGCAAUUUUACGUUCAAUUCCUAACAAAUUAGGAGGAGUAAUUGCAUUAGUUACAUCUAUUGCUAUUUUAAUAAUUAUACCUUUUUAUAAUAUAAGCAAAUUUCAAGGAUUACAAUUUUAUCCCAUUAACCAAUUUUUAUUUUGAAUUAUACUAUCCACUGUAAUUUUAUUAACUUGAAUUGAAGCUCGAUCAGUUAAAGAACCUUAUGUUAUAAUUGGACAAAUUCUAACAUUUAUUUAUUUUUUAUACUUUUUAAUUAACCCUUUAAUUAAUAAAUGAUGAGAUAACUUACUAAAUUAA